GCGGCGUCGGGCCUCCCGCGGGGAUCGCGGCCGGACCCGCUCCCGCUCCCGAUUCCCCCUUCCCGAUUGUCGAUUCCCGAUUGAUUCCCGAUUGAUUCCCGCCGACGCCAUGGUCCCGGGGCGGGUGCCGGUGCUGGUCCUGCUGCCCCUGGCCGCCGCCUUCAACCUGGACGUGUCCCGCCCGGCCGAGUACUCCGGGCCGCGGGGCAGCUACUUCGGCUUCGCCGUGGACUUCUUCGCCCCGGACUCCUCCUCGAUGUCUCUCCUGGUGGGAGCUCCAAAAGCAAACACGUCCCAGCCCGGCAUUGUCGAAGGUGGCCAGGUGCUCAAAUGCCACUGGCCUUCUGGCCACACUUGUCAGCCCGUCACGUUUGACUCUACAGGUAAUAGAGACUAUGCUAAGAACGAUCCAUUAGAAUUUAAGUCCCACCAAUGGUUUGGAGCAUCUGUGCGCUCUAAAAAAGAUAAAAUUUUGGCUUGUGCACCAUUGUAUCACUGGAGAACAGAACAGAAACAGGAGCGAGAGCCUGUAGGAACCUGCUUCCUUCAAGAUGGAACCAAGACUGUAGAAUAUGCUCCGUGCAGGUCAAGAAGCAUUGAUGCCGACGGACAGGGCUUUUGUCAAGGAGGAUUCAGCAUUGAUUUUACAAAAGCAGACAGAGUACUUCUUGGAGGACCUGGUAGUUUUUAUUGGCAAGGUCAGCUCAUUUCUGAUCAAGUGGCAGAGAUUGUGUCUAAAUACGACCCCAAAGUAUACAGCAUCAAAUACAACAACCAAUUAGCAACUAGAGCAGCGCAGGCGUUUUUCGAUGACAGCUAUUUGGGUUAUUCAGUAGCAGUUGGAGAUUUCAAUGGGGAUGGUAUAGAAGAUUUUGUAUCUGGAGUUCCUAGAGCAGCAAGAACAUUAGGAAUGGUUUAUAUUUACAAUGGGAAGAAUAUGUCAUCGUUAUAUAAUUUUACCGGCGAACAGAUGGCUGCAUAUUUUGGAUUUUCUGUAGCUGCCACUGACAUUAAUGGGGAUGAUUAUGCAGACGUGUUCAUCGGCGCACCUCUCUUCAUGGAUCGGGGUUCAGAUGGCAAACUUCAGGAAGUGGGCCAGGUUUCCAUUUGCCUACAAGAAGCCUCGGGGGGUUUCCGGACCUUAAAGCUAAAUGGGUUUGAAGUCUUCGCGAGAUUCGGCAGUGCUGUCGCGCCUCUGGGAGAUCUUGACCAAGAUGGCUUCAACGAUAUCGCAGUCGCUGCUCCUUACGGUGGUGAGGACAAGAGCGGGAUUGUGUACAUUUACAAUGGAAGAGCGACAGGCUUGAAUUCCAUGCCAUCACAGAUCCUCCAAGGACACUGGGUCUCCCGUACUAUGCCACCGAGUUUUGGAUAUUCGUUGAAAGGAGCUACGGAUAUAGACCAAAAUGGAUAUCCAGAUUUAAUUGUAGGUGCCUUUGGUGUGGACCGAGCUGUUUUAUACAGAGCCCGGCCUGUUAUCACUGUAAAUGCAGUCCUAGAAGUUGAUCCUACUAUUCUAAAUCCGGAGAAUAAAACCUGUUCGCUGACAGGCACCGAUAUCAAAGUUUCUUGCUUUAGUGUGCGGUUCUGCUUAAAGGCUGAUGGCAAAGGAAACCUUCCCAAGAAGCUAAACUUCCAAGUGGAGCUUCUCUUAGACAAACUAAAGCAAAAAGGAGCCAUUAGAAGAGCUCUUUUCCUCCAUAACAGAUCACCUGGUCAUUCGAAGAAUAUGACUAUUUCAAAGGGAGGACAGAUGCAGUGUGAGGAGCUUCAGGCAUAUUUACGAGAUGAAUCUGAGUUCAGAGAUAAACUCACUCCCAUUACUGUUUUUAUGGAAUAUCGAUUAGAUUACCAAACUGCAGCAGAUGCCACUGGAUUACAACCUAUCCUCAACCAGUUCACCCCUGCCAACAUCAGCCGUCAGGCUCAUAUUCUACUAGACUGUGGCGAAGACAAUGUCUGCAGGCCGAAGCUAGAAGUUUCAGUACAUAGUGACCAAAAGAAGAUCUACAUCGGUGAUGAUAACCCCUUGACCCUGAUGGUUAAUGCCCAGAACCAGGGGGAAGGAGCCUAUGAAGCCGAAUUGAUUGUGACCCUUCCUCCUCAGGCGGAUUUUAUUGGCGUCAUCCGCAACAAUGAGGCUUUGUCAAGGUUGUCAUGUGCUUUUAAGACAGAGAAUCAAACCCGUCAAGUGGUGUGUGAUUUGGGAAAUCCCAUGAAGGAUGGAACUAAGCUUUUGGCCGGUCUUCGUUUCAGUGUGCAUCAGCAGUCGGAAUUGGACACUUCCGUGAGGUUCGAUUUGCAAAUCCAUAGCUCCAAUCAGUAUGACAAAGUGAGCCCGAUUGCAUCUUACACUGUCGACCUUGCUGUCUUAGCAGCCGUUGAAAUAAGAGGCGUCUCAAGUCCCGAUCAUGUCUUCCUUCCUAUUCCAAACUGGGAGCCAAAAGAUUACCCAGAGACCGAAGAGGAUGUUGGUCCCGUUGUUCAACACAUCUAUGAGCUGAGGAAUAGCGGUCCAAGCUCAUUUAGCAAGGCGAUGUUGAGGCUCCAGUGGCCACACAGAUAUAACAACAACACCUUACUGUACAUCCUUCAUUAUGAGAUAGAUGGACCAAUGAACUGUACUUCAGAUAUGGAGAUUAAUCCAUUGAAAAUUAAGAUCUCAGCGUCCCCGACCGACGAUAGAAAUGAAACAAGUUUAGGACAAGGUGAUCACAGUAACCACAUCAGUAAGAGGGAUUUAACAUCUACCGAACAGGACAUACACACUUUGGGCUGCGGGACUGCCGAAUGCUUAAAAAUAGAUUGCCAGAUCGGUCGCCUUGAGAGAGGAAAAAGUGCAAUCCUGUUUGUAAAAUCUCUCCUCUGGACGGAGACCUUCAUGAAUAAAGAAAAUCAGAAUCAGUCAUAUUCACUCAAGUCAUCUGCUUCAUUCAACGUCAUAGAAUUCCCUUAUAAGAAUCUUCCUAUUGAUGAUAUCCACAAUUCCACAGUAGUGACCACCGACGUUAAUUGGGGCAUCCAACCGUCUUCGAUGCCGGUGCCUGUGUGGGUGAUCAUUUUAGCUGUCCUGGCAGGAUUGCUGCUGUUAGCUGUUCUGGUCUUGGUAAUGCACAAAGUGGGCUUUUUCAAACGUGUGCGGCCGCCUCAGGAAGAACAGGAGAGGGAACAGCUGCAGCCCCAUGAAAAUGGUGAAGGGACAACAGAAGCAUAACGGCUGGUUUCAUUUCUAUGCGACGUACUGAAAUCGGAAUUACCGACUGUAUUACAGUCUCGGAUAUUCCUCCUCGAGGAAUGAGUUCUCCACAACCGCACCGCUGAUAACCACCUGUGGCCUUGAUGCGUAACCUUUAACUACAAAAUGAGAGCCCUGUGUGCCCCACAUUCUCUUUAUUAAUCAUGUUUGUCUAGGUGGCUUAAUCCACAUUCACUGAGAUGUAGGUGUUUGGUGAUUUUGGACAACCUGAGUCAGAGACUGCAUUCUUUCCAGUGCGUUGAAAAAGACUGGUAUUGCCUUAUGUGACUUGGGGGAUUAGACUUCAAACGUCUGUCAAACAGCAGUUUUUCUAGUUAACUGUUUUCUGAAUUUCUUUUUUUUAAAGCAAAGACUCUUUGGGACCUCAGCAUUCAAAUUUUUAUGUACAAUUGCUAACUGUUAAUAUGUAUAACACUACAAUCGGUCUUCAAACUACUAAUGAAUGCGUCCGUGCGCAGAAUCGAUGCCUUGACAUACAAGGCCACCUGAAUUGCGGAACUUUAGAAACGACACAACCUUGUCAAAUUCCUUUUCCUAGAGUAUCAGUGGUACGUGAACUCUUUUUGCUUUCCGGUAUGAAAUACGAUAUAUUUUUUAUAAAUUUAGGAGUCAAAUUCACUGCAGGAAAAAAAAACUGUAGAGUUCUAUUUUUGUGGUAUUUUAAUUUAUAAAAAGGACUUGCAUCUCAAAGUGAAAAUAUUUAAAAUAGCUUUUACAUAAGCACAAAAUGAGAUCAUUAAUUGCAAUCUUAUGUAUUGAAUCUUAAUUGAAUCAAAUUAAAAUGAGCCUCUCGUAGAGACAAACAGGGCUCCAAAUUGCCUGUAUCCCCCUGUACUGAAAGCUUUUGAGUAGUAUGGAGAUACUUUGUGAAAAUUUGAAGGUACAGUGUUUUAUGUUACUAUAUUUUAGGAAGUGACCGUAAGACUGCUUCAAGAAGCUCUUAGCAGCAUCACCACUCUGCAAAUCACAGCAUGACCAAAAAAUGUAAAAGCAUUUGCAUCCAGAGAAUUUCUUUGCUGCUACUUGAAAGAGCUGUUUUUCAUUACUACUUCAUUCUUGGAUUAGGCCAUAAUAUUCCAUGUGGAUUGAUUUACCUGUUUCCUACAAUUAAAUUUUUCAUUGUCGAACUGGGA